GGGGAGUGCCAUUUUUGUUCUUUCCCUUUUUUACCUGUUUAACUUUUUGUACUUCUUUAAAAGUCCUCGAACAGUAUACACAUCAUGUCGAAGCGAGAAGCCAAAGAAAACUACUUCCUCCGUUUGAAGGAAUACUUGGAUACCUACAAGUCCAUCUUCAUUGUCAAUGUCGAUAAUGUCAGCUCCAACCAAAUGCACCAAAUCCGUCACUCUCUCCGUGGUGAAGGUGUUGUCCUUAUGGGUAAGAACACCAUGGUUCGUCGUGCUUUGAAGACCUUCGUUGCUGAACGUCCCGAAUUCGAACGUCUUUUGCCUCAUGUCCGUGGUAACAUUGGUUUCGUCUUCACCAAUGGUGACUUGAAGGAAGUCCGUGAAAAGAUUCUUUCCAACCGUGUUGCUGCUCCUGCUCGUGCCAACGCUGUUGCUCCUGCUGAUGUGAUUGUGCCUGGUGGUAACACUGGUAUGGAACCCGGUAAGACUUCUUUCUUCCAAGCUCUCGGUAUCCCUACCAAGAUUUCUCGUGGUACCAUUGAAAUUGUUUCCGAUGUCAACUUGGUUCAAGCUGGUGAAAAGGUUGGUCCUUCCGAAGCUGCUUUGUUGAACAUGUUGGGUAUCUCUCCUUUCACCUACGGUAUGGCUGUUGUCCAAGUUUAUGAUGAAGGUUCUACUUUCUCCUCUGAAGUCUUGGAUGUUGGUGAAGAACAAUUGGUUGCUAACCUUUUGGCUGCUAUCCGUCAAGUUGCUUCCAUCUCUUUGGCUGUUGGUUACCCUACCUUGGCUUCCGUUCCUCACUCUCUUAUCAACGGUUACAAGAACUUGUUGGCUGUCUCUGUUGCUUCCGACUACACUUUCCCUGGUUCUGAAAAGAUGAAGGAAUACCUCGAAAACCCUGAAGCUUUCGCUGUUGCUACUCCUGUUGCCGCUACUGGCGGUGCUGAAGCUGCUGCUGAAGAAGCUGCUCCUGAAGAAGAAGAAUCUGAAGAUGAAGACAUGGGCUUUGGUCUCUUUGACUAAACUUAAUUGAUUCAGCUUAGAUAUUAGUAUUACUAUUUUUUCUUCCAACUGAAUAAUAAUAAAAAAAAAAAGAAGAAAGAAUUGAUUCUUUUUUUUGUUACAAUU